GCCUAUGUUUUAUGGGUGGAGAGACCAUCAUUGUUGUUACUGAAGGGCUGCUUUACUAUACUGUUACUGUUCAAGUUCAAAUAGUGAAAGUUAGUGUUAUAGGAAGCUCUGAAAUAACUCCUGAGAAAAUGAUUUGGUAUUUUCUGCCUCCUAUUGGUCAGAGGGGGAAAGUACCCCAUAUAGAGUGGCACCUGCAGUGAGAGCCUAAGUUGACAAUUUCCUCAGUGUUUGAAAGUGGUCAGAAUUAUGGAUAGUAAGUGGCCUGAAACCUGAAUCAAGGAACUUUGGCUGAAUCUACUCCAGUCUCUACUUCACAGAUGCUACUGUGUUGUCUCAAACAGCUAAGUAAUCUGUACUUGCUUCUACAAACAUCUUUUAGUUUUAUGAGACUAUGGAAUUAUAGAAUGCAGUGGUGAUACUUGUUUACAUUUAGCAGGACUUCAGCGAAGACUUGACAGUUCAGUUUCAAUGAGGAUUUUAAAAUCAUCUGCCAGUUUUCAAUCCACCCCCUUUCUUUGCUAGUUUUACCUAGCUUUUUCAAUAAUGUGUUUCCAGGAAUAGCAGAGCCUGUGCUAUAGGAAGAAUUAUUAAAGUCUCUGUAUUAAUGUAGCCAGUGUGAUGAAUGGGGAAAGGGUAUGGUUUUUUCAUGUGUUGUUUGAGAACAGAGUUUAAUGCAAGUCAGCUCAAUGUAGUCACCUCCAUUACUUGCUGAACUUCAAAAUGUCAGUUCUUUGAGGAUGUUUAAGGCCAUGAGCUUGAACUAGAUCUUCUGUUUACAUGAAGGACUUCUCUCACUUUUGAUGGCAGUUGAUGAGUGCUUAAGGCUGCGCCACAGGAUAAAAGCUGUAACUUUAAAAGCCUCCAAUAGAAAUUGUAGAAACAGUAUGAUUAAAGGCACCGUUAAAAAAAUCCGUAGCCUGAAGAAACAUUAUGCAUCAUCUGUUGAAUUGCUUAUACAAUUGUGCUUUGGACAAAAUGCACCAACUGGCUUUGAUCUUUUAGCACUCUACAAAUUAAACUUGAUGUAUUCUGAAUUCAGGGAUGUCCAGUUUUGAAAAUAAACCUUAACUAGGUACUAGACCACUGUUAGUGAAAUUGUUGCAUCAGCUCAGUGAUAAGGGUAAACAGUGCUGAGACCCUCUGAACUUUUAAAAAUAGACUUAGAAGGUGUAAUUUUGACUUCAUUCACCUCAUUUACUAUAACCCUUACACUAAUGAUGAGCAUGUUUGGAAUUAUGUGACAGAUUUUUUUUCUUGUAUCAUAUUCUCAAAUGUCAGUUUUUUUAAAAAAAGGAUAGGAUAGAUUUUAACAAGAUCAUGAGAACAGAAGCCAGAGAUAAGCCUUCAGAUAGAGCCUGUGGCCCUCUAGGUUUUGCUGGCUUACACUGAUAACUCCCAGCAUUCCUGAUCAUUGGCCAUGCUAUCUGGGACUAACGGAAGUCGUAGUCCAACAACAAUGGAGAGCCACAGGUUCUGCAUCCAUGACAUAGGUUAUAUUUGGCUUGAUUCUGUAAUCCCAUUGCUCUGGGUGGAAUUCAACAAUGUGCUAUGUUGAAUGCUCUGUCUGAGCAAGCAUACCAGCUUACCAGAUGAAGUAAUCCCCCUUUCUCUCCGACCACUGUUCCAGGAGGUUUCCAAAUCCAACUUUGGGGUGGGCAUGGGGAAGAAAGGAGGGGAAACCCAAUUGCGUAAGUAGAAGCCCUUACACAGGGCUUCUCACGGGACUCAUUAGAUGAAUCCCACCCUCUAUUAGGUUGCUUUCUGUGGUUUGCUGAUCCGAUGAUCCUCCUUUCCUGGCCCAUAUAUCUUCUCCACUAGGGAUUUAGAAGCCAUCAAGAUCAUAACUGGAAACCAAAGAGAAAUGACAGCUCCUUUUUUUGUUUCGACAAAGGCUUAAAGAUUAGAAUAUAAUAAGAAUGAGCACAUUGAUUUACCAUUCAGUUAUCAGUAGGUGCAGUAAUUUUGUAAAAUGUAAUGAAAUACAGCAGUUGAAUGACUACCAGUUUGACAGUUGGUUUACGAAAUUAGUUUAUUUUCCUGAAUCAUCAAGAAAAACUUGUACCAUUUUAAAGGGUGUGUGUGAAAAAACUGUGGAACUGUUUAUUCUUAACACACACAAAGACCCUGUACUGACAACCUACAACCCCAAGACACAUGCAGUUAUUUGUGGUAUCUUUAUACUGACAGGCAAAUGUUUACUUAUUUUAUAUUACAUAUAUUUACAUAAAUGUUUACCUGUCAGUUAGUAGCAUUUCAGCUGUCAGAAUUUCCUGAGAAUAAUCCAGCACAAAAAUAAAUAAUUGCCCACUGCCAUUCAUUGAGACUUAACAGCAUGCAGAUAAAAUCUUAAUAGUUUACUGCAGAAGGAUUAGUAUCAUCAGGUAUUGCCCUGAGGUGAAAGCUUAUGCCAUGCAACCCUGCUGCCACUUCAACUUAAGUCAAAUACAAUAUCGGUAGGAUAUGAUAUCUACUACGGUAGCUGUAAUCUUGUAAAUGAUCUCUCCAAAUCGAUGAAUGCUACUUGUUGGAAAUAUUGAGCAGAACUCCUAAAAUGUCGAUUGUGGUAUUGACUCCAGGAAUGUAGACAGACGCUCCAAUACCAUUUUAGCAAUAUUUGGUGUCCUUAAAAGAGAACUGUUUCUUACCCCAGAGAUCUUAAUAGUUUAAUUGUCUAGACACUGAAGUUGGGAGGGAGAUGUCUUAUGUUGCAAUGUUAAUAUUUCAGAAUUGUUCAUGAGUUGGUUAUUUGUAAUACAGGAAAUGCUUCAUUUCAUAGCUUCUGUAACAAAGGGCAAAUAAAUGCACCCCCCUAUCACUGCAUUUUCCCUCUUGAAGCUUCACUGCUUUUCCAGCCACAAAGUGGAAUGUCUUAAUUGCAUUGGUGUGGUGUACUUAACUAGGGCCAGGGAGAUAUGAUUGAUUUUGAUAUAUUUGUGUGGCACAGAACACCCCAAGUUGACACAGAAAAAAUAAGGAGUUAUCAAUGGCCACUUGUGUGCUAUGUGGUGAUUCAAGGCUUAAAUUCCACCCUAAAUGACAUUUAUCAAACACAGAUGUGUCAGCAGCUCCAAGAAUAGGAAUCCUUUCUUGCUUACCUUCAUCUUUAUUUGUGUACUCCCCUAAGCCCAAGGUAGAUUGUCAUAUUGUGAGCCCUGUUGGAUCAGUCUGAUGGUUCAGCUAGUCCAGCAUUUUGUUUCUAACAAUACCCUGGGAAGUGUGCAGGCAAGAUGUGAAGGCAUUGACCCUCUCCUCCUGUAUUGAUCCCAGUAUCUCUUACUCAGAGCUAUACACUCACUGACAUUCCAUUUAGCUGUUACGGCUGAUAUCUGUUGAUAGACUCUUUCCUCCUUGAUGCUAAGCAGUUGAAUGGAGAGAAAAAAACAGGAAGUACUAUUUCACACUACAGGCUCAUAAGCAACUUGCAAUUUCACUGCCAUGAUAUGUGGUAAUGACCAAAAGCUUAGAUGGCUUCACAUUAGAAAUUAGAAAAUUCAUCAAGAAGCGAAGGGGCUCCUGAGUACUUUUAAGAGGUCCCCCCCCCAAUCCACUCUCUCCAUGUUGUUUAUCAUUUUAAAAAAAAACCCAACAAAUGUCCCCCUACAUUGUUGUUUUUCUAGAUUAAAAAACCCCCAGGAAAUAUUGUUAAGCCUUAUUAUUUGAGCUUUUUAUAUUGUUCAAACACUUUAGAUUUUGAUGAGCAACACCCCAUGCUAUGCCAGUGGAUGUGAUGGAACUUCCUUUUCUCCUGUUCUCUCCAUGUUUGGGAGCAUCCCCCAACCCCCCAGAGCAGAUUUGAGGGGUUGCAAGAGUGAGGAGAGGAAGAUGAGUUUGGUGGUGAAAAUCAGCCAGAAUGACAACUUUGGGCACUCAAGUCUUCUGUCCGCAGAACAGGUACAGCAGUGACAGCAGUAGCUGAAGGGUUGCUUUCCUCCUGAAGCCCUUGGCUAAUUUGUGCUGUCCGCUAGACUCUGUGAUCCAUGCUUUGAGACCAGGAGAGACUUAAAAUUUUGAAAUGAAGAUGGAGGCAGCAGACAAAGUAGAAGAACUCAUUGACCCAGAGGUUCCAUCAAAACUCCCAGAAAAACAAGAAGCAGCUCUGUGCGAAGAGGGACCUGUAGAACUAGAAAUGAAUGCCCAGAAAGAGAGCGGAGCUGCUGUGGAGGAUUCAACAGUGCUUGCCUCGAUGCCAUGCUUGCUGAUGGAACUGAGACGAGACUCGACAGAAUCUCAGCUAGCAUCAACAGAGAGUGACAAACCAACAGCUGGCCGUGUUUAUGAGAGUGACUCUUCCAACCAUUGCAUGCUGUCCCCUUCUUCCAGUGGGCACUUGGCUGAUUCAGACACUCUGUCUUCUGCAGAAGAGAACGAGCCCAGCCAAGCUGAAGCAACUAUAGAAGGAGAUGCUUCUGCAGUAUCAGGGUCUACUGUUGGGAGGAAAUCCAGGCGUUCAAGGUCGGAGAGUGAAACCUCAACAAUGGCUGCAAAGAAAAACCGGCAGUCUAGUGAUAAGCAGAAUGGUCGUGUCGCUAAGGUCAAAGGUCAUCGGAGCCAAAAGCACAAAGAGAGAAUUCGGUUAUUGAGGCAGAAACGGGAGGCGGCUUCCCGCAAGAAAUACAACCUGCUGCAGGACAGCAGUACCAGUGAUAGUGACCUGACCUGUGACUCAAGCACGAGUUCAUCAGAUGAUGAUGAAGAAGUUUCAGGGAGCAGCAAGACAAUCACUGCAGAGAUACCAGAUGGAGCUCCGGUUGUGGCUCACUAUGAUAUCUCGGACACAAAUUCCGACCCGGAAGUGGUGAAUGUAGACAAUCUAUUGGCAGCUGCGGUAGUCCAAGAGCACAACAGUUCUGUCACUAACCAGGACACUGGGCCUACUUGGAGGACGAGAGGGCUGCUAGAAGAGCUGAAUGCUGAGACAGAUCACUUGAAUGCUGGAUUCCUGGCAAGCGGGAAAGCCCCCAGCAGCAACACCCAGGUCAAUGAAGAAAUAAAUAUAGCAUCAUCAGAUAGCGAGGUGGAGAUCGUGGGAGUUCAGGAACACGCAAGAUGCGUCCAUCCUCGGGGAGGAGUGAUUCAGAGUGUGUCUUCCCGGAAACACGGCUCAGGCCUGCAGUGCACCCGGCAAUCUGAAGCAUGGACAGGUGUGGCCCCCCCGCAGAAUUGGUCUUCGCCCCCCGAAGUGGUGGAUCUCACGCUGGACGAGGACAGCAGGCGCAAAUACCUACUGUAAUGCAACUUCACUGUGUUUUCUAGUCACUUAGCCCUCUUCUCCCUUUUGUGGCACAGAAGUUUCUGGUUAUCGCCUCGGUGUUCAAAGCCUCUGCUCCUGGCAUUCUGGAAUUCAGAGUCCUCCGGGAGGGUUUCCUCCUCUUCUGAACUCCUCCCCCGCCCCACAACACCCUCCAAUUAAAAUUGCAUCAUCAAGAACUUACCUUGAGAUAUCGACCCCUCUGUAGUCAAAGGGAGCUUUCCCUGUUACGGAAAACUUAGUGGCACUGUACUUCAACAACAACUUCCAGGUUUUUUCAUUGUGUGUGAUUAAUUUAGAGCAUUCGUUGACAACAGCAGUGGCACCUUCCAACCCACGCCCUUUAGAGAGCCAUACAAUUGCUUUAAUUCACCACUGAAACGGAUGUUGCUGGUACAUGUGGGGCUUUAUUAUUAUUUUCCCCCUUGCAUUUUUUUAUUUUUAUUUUUUUAAAUAACACCACUGGCCCAAAUUGUUCAUAGCUCUGAAUGCCCGCAUCAUGAUCGUAGUAUAACUGUGGGAGCUUAGAAUGGGGCAUUCAUAACACAAGUUGAUUUGGUUGCAAAACCAGCAGGACUUGAUCACAAAAGGCCUAUAGCAUGCACUGAGCAGCUCUAUUUAAAACCCUAAAGAUUGUUCUCAACAUAAUUUGUAGCUUGCACACUGCUCAGUGCUCCGUCUCCUAAUAAUAAUGCAUUUUAUUUUUUCUCUCUAGACUACUGUACUGUUACUGGUCAUUUGGCCCAGAUUGUUACAGCCUUUUUUGUUUUUUUUUGUUAUUGUGUUGUUCACCUGAAGCAAACAAAAGCACAAGGAAGUGAAGCAACACAAAAAGUACCUAAUUCUGAUCUCAGGUGUGGUUUUCAUGUUAAGCUUUAAAGGUCUGGGUGCAGCCUAACCUGUAUCUCUACGUUUUUGGAGGUAUGUAAAAGCAGAACAUGAGCACUAGAGUGGAUCCUUCUGCCCUGGGCUGCAUUUGUACAAAUGAAUUUUUGUUUUUAACAAACCUUGAGCACACUAUCCUUCCUGUCCUUCUCUUAGCAAGAGAAGAAUUAGAGGAGGCUGCAGGGUUGCUAGGGACUUGCCUUCCAAGGGAAGCAUUUUCUCAGCUGUGCGAAUGUUUAGAGAGUAGGCCCAGUUCAAUCUCUUCUCAGGGUGACUGGCACCUAAACUCUGUUCAAAAAAGAGCAAGAAAUGAUUCGCGGAGAGGAAGCCUCCCAUUGCUUCUCUGAGUAUUACCAUCCUACAGAGGAAAGCAUGAGGCUCUGUAUGCAAAGCAUGUAUGAUCAAAAGUAGAACAUAUCCUGUUACAUAGCACCCCCCCUCCCCCGAGAAUUACCCGGCACGGCUUUGCCUUCAUUCAUUUGAUUGCUGCCGCAGAAAGAGCAGCGAAAUCUGGAGCAGUAAGGGAAGCGUUGCCAUAUAUAUGGAUCACUUCAAGUAGACGAAAAAGAAUAGGAGGGGAUUGGGGUCUCCUUUGGGGUGUGUGUGUGCAUCUUCAGAGACGAGGUCUUAAUCUGUAAAUGCACCUUUGCUUUUCGUACUAACAUGAGAAAUGGCCCUUGAUUUUACCUUCUUUUACCUUUGAGUACUGCUGGGCUUCACCAGCUCUUGGGUUUAUGCCCCUUGGCUUUAGAACGGUUCCCUGGCCCAGAUUCUGCAAAUGCCUUCUGCAAGUCCUGGCAUUUGCUGCAAGCUGAGAUUUCUCCUUCCUCACAUGCCUUCUGUUCUCUUGCAAGGGAUGAUAGGACUUAGGCAGCAAUGUAAUGGCAGCUGGACUCGUUGGGCACAUUAGAUGUUCAUGUUUGUCCAGUCACCUUUAGCUGCAGAGUCCAUUGCACACCCAGACAAAGUUGUUUUGCUUGAUUCCUGAUCACUGUAGGCUUCAAUCAUUAGUGCAUCUGGGGCAGUUUCUGAAUAAUAUGUGGGCAUUGCCCUUUGUUCCUAAAGACUCCUUGAAUGUCUUGACAGUUUGAAACGGCAUUCAUGCAGUUGUUUCAGUUCUGUCAUUGGUCGCUAUAAAAUGAUCUUUCCUUAUGCAACGGCAGUAGCUGUUGGUGGACCAAACCUUUGCAUAUGGUAAGGUUACCACUCUGUACCUGGGUAAUCAAGGAGUAAGAAUAUUCUCUCUAUGAAAGCGUAGGACACGCCAGAGCUGAGAAGGAACUUCAGUUCAUGCUGAGCUUUUUAAGAACAGAAGAGGAUUGUCCUGGCAUUCAGACAGGUGGUGUUGGAGGGGAAACAAGCUGGAUCGCCUUGCUUCUUGUUGUCUAUAAAAGCCCUAGAUAACCUAUGCAUUCCCCAAGUGAGGGUGGGACCAAGGAUCAAGCCCUUGGUCCCACUGAGCUUUGCUGAAAGCCAAGCCAAGAGACUGUUGAAUAGACAUUGGUUAAGUGGUUAAUGACACACUGCCAGCUUUCAGUUAAAAUCUCCUUCUUGUGCAAUCCCUGCUUGUGUUGUUACGUUGAAUUGAACAAUGUUUAUGCUCCCCACGAAGUUCUUUAUGCUCACUAGAUCACGCUGCCAGUACUAAAAAGACCAUUCUAAGUCCCCAUCUGAUUGUCAUUUGAAGGACAGCAUGGGGCUUGUUUGCCCUUCUUAGCUUGGUUCAGUGGGCAAGACUUUUGGGAGAGGGUUGCCUUAGAUAGUUCUGCAGGCGUGGCAGGUGCUUAAGAUUGCUCUUGAUGCCAGCUAUGAGCAGUUUUGCUGACGUUAUAAAGUGGGAAGGAUGUGGUCACUCUUAAAAGAACAACUUGAUAGCAGGUUUCUGCAGAGGGGAUGGGGUGUAUCUCCUGCCCUCCCCCCAAUCUCUGUCAAUGACCACAAGGUGGACCUGGACUCUGGGACUCGGAUUUUGUUGUUAGGUGGAGGCAGCCAGGACUUGAUUUGUUGAACAGAUAAUGCUUUGUUGCCCUGGCCAUUGAUUACGUCAUAGUUCCAAUAGAGACCACUGGGCUUUCCAGCUUUUGACCUGGAGACUGCGCCUGUUGCUUCCAACAUCUGCGAGGUGGUGACGCCUUAUUUCAGACUGAAGGUGAAGGAAUUGCAUGUUUCAGGGCUCUGCCAUUUUAGCAACAUCCCUGCAAAAUGGAAAACAAGGAUGUCUGAGAGAGCCACUUCCGCCUUGGCUAGGAGGUGGUGUUGCGGGCAGUCACGACCCUUCCACAUGCACAGGGGGUGGGUGCCCUUUGCAAUUGGGGGAAUCCCGGUCGUGUCACUAGCCAGGCCGGCCAAUCCAGUCAUCCUGGGGGUGGGGCCUGCUACAUUUAAACAGGCGCGUGGCUGGGGAUCUCUCAAUUGUUUUCCCGCUCCAGCUGCUCCAGUUUUCUCACCCACCCACCCACCCACCCUUUAAGUUUUUCCUGUUCCUGGACCUUGCUAUGGACUGCGGUUGGUCGCCAUUGAGGGGCCUGGUAGGAAUUUUUCCACUUGGCAAAUUGGCUCUGGCCAUUUGGUUUUUGCCUACCUCGUAGCAAUCCGUCACAACUUUGUUUUUUGGCUGUUAGGCAUUGGAAUAUUUCUGGUAGGCUGCCGGGGGGAGGGGGAAGGUAGCGCCAUCACCUCCCCCAAAUAUUGAAGGGCAUUCUGGUAAAGGAAUCCGGGGGGCGUGGCCCUGCCCGAAGCCUGAAAGAAGUCUAGUUGCCAGGGCUCAGGAAAAAAAAAAUUAGAAAAAUAUUUUCAUGGGCAGUUUCUUCCGCCUUCAGCCUGCAAUGUUAACAUGAUUAUGCUAACUUUGGGAACAGUGUCUCCUUCUGCCAGAUUGUGAAAUCCGAGUCCUGCUUCCUAUGACAGGCAAAGCAGCAUGGACUAAAGAUGUACAGCAGACCCAGGCAGUGGUUGCCAGAACAGCAGGGGGGCAUGGCCUUACUCACCUGCCAUCUCAACAUGGAGGUUGCUGCUGGUAACCAAGAGGGGAAGGGGCGAGAAACGUCAGCGCACUGCGGGAGCAGCAGCAGAGCCAAUCUGACGCUGUGUCCACACCAGCCGCCUCUCCCCUCCCUCUCGGCUAUUGGUAGAAUUCCCCCAUGUUGGAUAGCCAGGCGAGCAGUGCCACUCCACCAGCCACUACCAUGCACAGGACACAUUGGCCCUAAAUAAUGUCUUCACAUACCACCCAAGGCUGUUAAAGCUAUCAGUUGUGCCUGCAGAUCUUUUGCCGCAAAGGCCAUCCCUUUUUCUCCUCACUCGCCGAUUCCAUCGCUCCCAAACUACAUUGCUAAAUGAACACCAGGCUCAAAGUCACCUGCGCACGAGAAAGCUGCUUGGGAACUGCUUUCUCGUAGCCCUGUCCCAUGUGAUUGGGGUGUGUGUGUGUGUGUGUGUGUGUGUGAAUGGCACAGCCACGAGGCAUUGUCCACCUGCCUAGUUCUUCCCAGUUGGUUGUGGCUUGUUGGCAAUCAGGUGAGAAAUACCAGUCAGCCUGCAUGUCCAUUUCCAGUUUUCACGCAUGCAUGUGACGACUGCAGGAAUUGCAUCAUGGGGAAGUAACUCAGAUGGAGGUGCGUUUGAAGGGCACCGGAGCAAGCUAACCAGGCAGCCUCUGGCCGAGAGCAGCUGCUUCACUACUACUGCUAAUGAAGUUGCCUUUUGAAACGUGAAAAUUGGCUCUCUUUAGAAAAUCUAUGAGCCAUGGUGGUCUACUAACCUGGUAAUCCCAGUAUCCCCCCAUUUAUGCUGGCCAGUACCAGAAGCAUCUAGGAGUCCUUCCUUUUUUAAAAAAAAAAAAAAGAA